UUACUAGCACGUGUUCGUAAACAAUAUUUCGGAAAGAGGAUCAGUUAUUUAGAUUAGUUGGUUUGUAGUUUGGAUUCUAACCUUUUUAACUCAGGUAGUGUGCCACAGAGCUCAACGCUUCUUAACAAAAUGGGGACAGAAACUAACAAAGAUGAACGUAACAAUCCGGAAUAUCUUGCACAGUUACUUAAAGACAAGAAACAAAUUCAAGCAUUUCCUAAUGUUUUUGUUCAUUUGGAAAAACUUUUAGAUGAAGAAAUAAACAGAGUAAGAUUAUGCUUGUUUCACAACAAAUCCACCGCGCGAGAGCCGUUAAAUCUGCCAGAACCCCAGGGUCCUAUAGUCACAUUAUCCGAAAAAUUAUUUGUACCAGUCAAAGAACAUCCAGAAUUCAAUUUUGUGGGUCGAAUAUUGGGGCCGCGAGGUAUGACGGCAAAAGAAUUAGAACAAUACACAGGGUGCAAAAUAAUGGUACGAGGGAAAGGCUCAAUGAGAGACAAAGCAAAGGAAGAACAGAACAAAGGCAAGCCAAAUUGGGAGCAUUUAAAUGAAGAAUUACAUGUGUUGAUCACAGUUGAAGAUACAAGGAGCAGAUCUGAAUUAAAAUUAAUAAAAGCCGUGGAAGAAGUAAAAAAAUUAUUGGUGCCUUCACCGGACGGGGAAGAUGAUUUAAAGAAACGUCAGCUCAUGGAAUUAGCUAUUAUAAAUGGCACAUAUCGUGAUACAUCGAAACCCACCUCCACACAAACAACGACUGCAUCGGCGACUCAAGCCGCUAGAUUCAUCACAUCUCCAUUAGCUGGAAUGACAGCCAUCCCACAGUUGAGAUCUCCAACGCCAGCAGGUGCCCCAAUUAUCCUAGCUCCUAGAAUGCCAGUAGGUAUGCAGACAUCACAGGCCCAGGCAACAUCCUACCUGAACGGUGGACCACCCCCACUUGUAUCACCGACAGAAGCCGGGAACCAGGGAUUGGUAUAUAAUCCAUACGAGUACCCGUUCUCCUUAGCGCCAGGUACAGCAAUACUGGAAUACCCGUCUUUAGACCAGAGUACCGCCGAAUUGUUUUACAAUGCCGGUGCAGUCCCAAAAAUCCGAAGAACACUUGCAGGAGUGCGGGAGCACCCUUACGCCGGGCUGCCUUCUAACAUCUCGUGGGCGCAGACUUCAACUCAACCCAACGUCCCAGUGUAUAGCAAAGCUAUGCAAAUGAUGUGCCCACAACUUGUUGAUAUGAACAGUCCGUUAUCCUUUCUUAAGAAAGAGUGACCUUGAAAUGUGUUGCCGAGAGACGAGGCGUAGGAAUCUCAUCAACGGGUCGUCAGUUUCUACAUUAACAUGUGCACAGUUAGCUGAUUGGCCUUUUGCUCACUAACCGUCUUCCUAAAGAGUAUUAAAAUUUGUGUAUCCCCGGGCACGUUUAUUACAUGCCCGGCUUAUAUUAACUCUGCUGUUAUUUGUUAGAAACAUUUUGUACUUAAUUGAGAUUUUUUUUCAUAACACUUUAUAUUAUUCAAUUUUAAACAAGUGCCAAUAGAUAUAUUUACAUUGUUAUUGUGCCUUGGUCACUAAUAUUGUAUAUACUAACAUUAUACCUGUUAGAGAGAUUUAUUGUUGGGGGCACUGCAUUUAUUAUGUUCGAGUCAUUGAUUAACCAUUAGGCAAAGUGGCCCACAAUUUUUAUUCAUAACUCAGAAUUUUAUGCCCACAUUUAAGUGUCGUUUGGUUGUGAGUAAAGAAUGAGUAUAUCCCCUAUGGAAUUGUGGAAAAAUUAGGGGACAUAUAACAAAAAAUAUGUAUUGUUUAUCAUUUUAACAUUAUUUUGCCCAGUGUUAUUUGGUUUAUAGUUAAAAUUAUGUAACUCUGUAGUGAAUGAAAUAACGAUAUAUAUUAUUUUUCAUAUUUCAUGACUAAAUGGUAAACGACUGAAUGGAUUAUUUUUCAAGUCAGUAAUUUUUGCCUAAUGGUUUAUUUGCAUAAAAAGUUAAAGGUAGUACCAUAUCAGAAUCCUAUAAUAAUAAUUUUAUUUCCAUAAAGUUUAUACUCUAAAAAAUAACUGUUUUAUAUGCUGCAAAAUAUCAAAAUUUAUAUUUUAAAGGGAGGUAAUUAGAUGUUCAUUUAAAGAGAUUUCAUGUAGAUACUUCAUUGUAAUACUCAGAUAUAAACUCUAUAUAUAUUUUCUACAUUUAAAGAAUUAUUGCCUUUGUUAACAUUUUACUGUUUUAUGAACAAAGAUUUUUUUGUAUUAACUUGUAUUUGUUUGUAACCAGGUAAAUUUUCAAUGUGCACCUUGAUAUUUAAUGUGCUGUAUCAGGAAAAGACAACUCUGAAAUAUUUGGAUGUAAAGAUAAGAUAACUUUUACAUAUAUAGAAAUUAUAAAAAAAAUCAAAUUUAAACGCCAAACUUAUGUUGGUAAAAAAGCACAAAAGUGGUUUACUUUUAAAGCAAUAUAUAUUACAAAGUCAAGACAUUUGAAUCACAAAAUAAUGCUAUGUCAUUACAGAUUUCUUUAAUGCUUUUUUGAAAAGAGGGUGAAAAAAAACUGUUGAAAUAAAAACAAAAUCUAUUAGUAAAAAAAAACAUUCAUUCUUGUUAUUAAUUUAUGUACAAGUUGACUUUUCCUGAUACAGUACACACCAAAGAUGUUAAAUGUAUACAAAGUUAACAUGCUUGUCAUUUGAUAACUCUAAUAAUGCUGAGUCUUAAACAUUUGUGAAAGUCAUGACAUUCUUUAUUCAGUGUUCAUUAUAAAAAAGAAGAAGAAGAAAAUCAGUCAACAUCUGUGUGAAAACAUUUAUAUUUUUAUAAUUUUGAACAAAAAUGAAAUGGAAAGAAAAAGCCAAAAACAAAAUUAAACAAAAAAAACAGAAAAGGAAAGAUAUUUAUAAAUUAUGAUUAGAAUUAAAGUUCUUUGGUUUUAUAAAAUGAUGAUGUUUGCACAAAAAGUGAAAACACUAUUUUAAAAAAGAUAUAUAAUUGGAAAGAGGGCACAUUGGCAUAUAACUUUGUUGAUUUAUGUUGGAAAGGGGUAUAGAUAUAUGAAUCUCAUGUGGAGCUAGUUUUGUAUGGGUCACAUUAACUCGUAGUGCUAGCUUACAUAUUCAAAUGUAGCUACUCUUUGAUGUUGUUGUUGUUGUUAAUGAUAUAGAAAACUUAACUCACUGGACUUUUCUACUUUAUUGCAUAAUACUCAUACCUUUGUCACAAAAAAUAUUUUAUUAGUCACUUGCAUACCAGUCUUGACUGGGCGUAUUACAGUUAAUAUUUCUGUUAGAAGUUUGAGAACUAGUCUGUACACAUAAGUAGACUGUGGUCAGAUUUUUUUUUUCAAUAAGGUUUAAAGAAAUAAAGGAUAGGAAGCAUAAUUGAGAAGGAUAGUUCAGCGAUUUUACUUAAUUACUCACCAUUAUGUUGCAAUAUAGCUGAUCACAAGUAUUUUGUAAGUGAGAUUUCCUUUUUUGUAAAUAGUGCACUUGUUAAUUACAUCAUCAGUCGGUUUCUCAUUUUUUAUCUGUCGGAAAUGUUUGCAUAUCAUUAGAACAAGAGAGUUCAUUUUACAGUCGGCUGUGUCACAUGUCACUGUAUUUAAAUACUAGUACUAUAUGUACACUGGUUGUAUGGCUGCAUUGUGAACAAAUUUAUUUUUUAAGAACUUUUUUUUUUUCGUUUCAAUAUCUAAGGAAGUGAACUUUUGUACCGUCCAGUUGUUGUUUAAACAUAUCACCAUUAUUUUUUCUUUGCUGCUUAAUAUGCAAAAUGCUUGGUUGAUCCAUGCAUUAGGUUUACAUAGAUACAAUUUUAUCAGUUUUUAUAGACCUGAAGGAGUUGUGAUAGGAUUAUCUUUACAUUUUUUUUUUGUCAUUUACAUUGUGUGGUAUUGUUCGGAAUUCACAUAUUUUUUUCUCUCACUAUUUUCAUGUACUAGAAAUUAACCCUGCAUCUAUGCAAUGAUAGAUUUUACAUAAUUAUAUUGUUAUAACAUGUACAACCAAGGAGAUAAACAGUCUUCCAUUGCUAACUUCUUCCACCGUUUUUGUUUACAUAAUUUUUAUAAUAAUCAUACAUGGGGAUAUUUUUGGCAUGGUCUUUUUAUUUCAACAAAUAUUUCAUUUAUUCUGCCCCAUCUGUAUAUAUUGAUUCAAUGAAUACUCAAUAUUAUGUUAAAUAUUUUGUCCUGGAAAGUUUUCGAAAAAAUUACACCAUACUGCAGUUAGAUAUGAUGAUGUAUGAAAUAGACCAUGCAAAAGAUGUCCUAAUUUAUGAUGUAAGUACCUGUGAAUAUACUCAUAGAAAAUUGAUGUGCUUUUUGUACAAUUGCUUAAAAUAUAUGCAUCAAGGUUCCUUUUUUUCACACUUUCUGUAAUAUGAUAUAAUUUAUGAUUUCAUAGGACAAUUUUGUAUUCUUGACAGAUACAAUGAUUGUUAAAGCAUUGUUAUAUCUAUGCUCUAGCAAGGGUAUUUUUCUUUUUAUAAAUUUAAAUGUUUAAAUGAUAUUUGUAAAUAAGACGCACAUUUUAUCAACAAUAACUCAAUUGUUAAAUGAAAACAAUUUGAAACAGUGACUAAAUAGUGACUUUUUGUACUUUAAGACACAUAGUUAUUUUUUUAAAAUCUUCGUUACAAUCAUUUUGAUGUGUUAUUCUUUUUCAAGAAUGGCAUUGAUUAUGACAAUGAACAACUUACAGGUAGUUUAAGAUUGAUUUGUGGAGAGGAACCUUGAAUUAUUUCCCACCUAUGUUUUGUAAAUAUUAACAUGAAAUAACAGUUAUUACAUUGACAUGUAACAGUAGGACAUGGGCUUUCAUGCACUCUGUAAAUUCUUGCUAUAUUUGUACAAAAUACCUCUAAUGCAUAUUUUGUGAAUGAAAAAAAAAAAAUAAUAACAAAACAAAACAAACAAAAACAAGAUCAUUAAAUGUUUCAUUAAGAAGAGAUGUGAAUGUUAAAUAUUGAACAAAAUGAACGGGUAGUAGGUUCAACUAUUGUAUUAGACAUAUUACGGUACUUUAGCUGAUAUCUACAUUUUGUUUCAGUGGCGUUUUUUAUGUCAAGUACAGUACUUUAAAUGUGAAUUUUUUUUUCACGAUUUUUUUUGUGAAAAUUAUUAAUUAUAUUUCCUACACUUGUAAAUAAUACUUUGUAGAAAGGAGUUAGAAACAAAGUGCCUUAACCUGCUUUUUUCUUGCAUGAUGAAGUGUAUUCAUGGCUUUCAUGUGUGAUAUGAUCAGGUCAUACUAACUAACAUGUUUUGUGAGAUAUUUUAACAUUGCUAUAUAAUAAUAUGAAAUUUUAGUGGCUCAGCAUUGAACAUCUGUAAUUCCAUUAUUAUAUAUAAAAGAUCUGAUAUUGCCGGGUUCCAAGUGUAAAAGAUUCAUUUUUAACAAAGAGUUGUAAGAGAAAUAACCAUGUCAUGAUUCAGGAAAGUUAAUUAUUGAAAAAGAAAUAGAAAAAUCUUAAGAAAGUACAUGUAGAAAACAUCACGAAAUUAGGAACAUAUUUUGGGAUGGAUCAUGGUGUUAAUAUUUGUGCCCGGAUCGUUCUUUGAAAAAAAAGAUUUUUUUUGGCAUACAGAGUGGUAGAGUAUUUAUCCUAACUUUAGUUUGAUCAACUGACCAAGGGAACAUAAUGGUGUAAAACUCAUCUUCUGACCAAUGGUUAAGGUGUAUCACUCAUCUGUUGACCAAUGGUCAAGGUGGUUAAAUUCAGAGUUCAUGCUGAUGCCACAGUAGAUAGAUUAUAAAACUAAUGCUUGUAAUGGGGUUUUAUUUACUACCUGAAUCUCAAGUUAUUUAAUACAACCAGCUUUGAUUUUGCAUUUUUUACCAUAUCUGUGUAGGUUGCAUCGGGUGGGAUGGGAAAAGUUAUUUUGUAUUUGUUUCGUUGAAAUUUUCAGUGGCUGUGUUGGAAAACUGAUUAUUGUUUUUUUUUAUAUUUUACAUUAUGUAAUUUAGGUAUAUGGACAUCAUACAGAGUAUUUUAUUCUCACAAAAGAAGAUAAUUAUUUAAAAGAUAUAUUGUUUAAACUGUUCUAUUACAUUUUAUACAAGUAUUACAAAAAUGUUAUUCAGAAUUUUUUGGGGAAAUUUUUUUCUUGUUGUACAGAUAUAGAUAUCUUUUUUUCUUUUCAUAUAUUAAAUAAAUAAAAGCAAGCAAUAAAGUUUGAAUUGCUAACAUUUAGUUUCCUUGUUGUACUAACAUUUUGGAUUUGAUUAACCCCAUCUUGUGUAACAAUUAACACCGAGUAGAGAGACAAAACAACGACAACAAAGAAAACCUGUCAAACAAAUUGGGUCUAUUUCUAACAGUAUUCUACUCUGAAAUCCUUAUAAAAGGGUUGCUAGAAAUUAGCUACCUAUACAGUUAGUGAAGGAAGGAAUGUAGAUCUAUUGUACUCGAUUUGCAGUUUUUAUAUUCAGUCUUUUAAAAUUGCAUGUUUUAUUAUAACAAUGAGAUUAUAAACCUAGCGCCCUUAAUCCAUGUAUACGAGGACCCAAGUUGACAGGUUCCAGCGGUGUUUAUAUUUAUUUUAACUAAUUAACUGUGAGAUCUUCACUAUAUGGUGUAGAUAUAAUAACAAAAAGCCAAAUAACCCCAUCACCUUGCACGUCUUUUCUAACAGUAGAAAUUGCAGCUUGCCGAACUUUUGUCUAACUUGAUUGGCAUCAGUUUUAGGAGCAAUCAUUCCCACCAGCAACACAAUCAUUCAUUCUCAUCAUUGCACCUUUGACCCCUAACAUUAGCCUUAUUAACCAAUCAGAUUCAUAGAUAUAAAUAGCAUCAAAUCAAAUUGAUUUGUAUAAUUGCUUAGAAUUUGUAUUCAUAUCAUAUAGUUAUUACGUAUAUAGUGGAGUAAUUGAGGGGGAUAGUGACACAAAUAUAUAUGUUAUAAUACCGGACUUGGUUGAUACAGUCGUAUCCAAUCCUACAUGGCCAGUGAAGGGACUUGAAAUAUGGUAGUUAGGGUAAGCCUGUGACUUGAUAGAUGCUAAAAAUAGACUUGCAUCAUGAUAUGAAAUAGUGCAGCAGAAUUAUAAAGCUGGGAGCAUGUUACACUUUUCACCCUGACCUUUUUUUGCACUUAUUGCCCCUCUUCAUCCAUUUGUUCACAUUUAUGAAGUCAUUGACAAUCUAACAUAUAAUAACGUUGCACAAUUAAUACUAAUGCUUUAAUAAUGAAAUUGUCAAUAACAAUUUAAUUUUUCUUUAAUUUCUUGUUAUUAUUUUAUAUUUAUACAUUUUUUAAAAACUUUUUUUUAAGAAAGAGAUUAAAUGGCAGUUGAUUAUUUGAAAUUUUAUUCAUUUAAUGGAAUGAUAUUAAACCUUCGUAGAAUUUCUAGUAACUAAAGCAUGUUAACACAAAUUAGUAAUUGACUUUUUAGAAAAAGUAGGGAACUAUUUUUUUUAAUAGUUUACUCUUAAUACACCUUCUAAGUACACUCUUUGCUCAAUCUUGCUCAAAUAUCUUUCUUUAUUUUUGUUUAAAACACAUUGUUUUCUAUUCUCUGUUUGCCAAAAUUUAAAGCCCCAUGACACAAUUUUUUUCGUUUUAUACUUUAUUAAUUUUUUUUUGCAUUUAUUGAUAUUUUGUCCAUAAAAUCAUACAUACGUGUAAGUGCUCAUUUUAUUAUGUCAACGUGUAGAGGUUGGACACGUUUAUUGAAAUUAUGUCGACAUAAAUGUCAUAUUAAAGUUGACAUUGUUGCGUUUGAACUGUGAUCAUGAAAUUCGCAUUUUGUAUAUAUAUAAAAAUUGCAUUUAAUUUGCAGACAUUCUUGUAUUUAAGUUGACCACAAAACCCUCUGUGCUGCUUUUAAAAAAAUCAAGAUUUAUGGAAAAAUAAAGCCCAAAUUAUUUUGUAGUUAGAUAAGAAAUAUUUAAAUUUUAUGAUCAAGUCAUCAAAUUAAUAAAAUUAAAGCAUUAUUUUAAAAUUUCCUUGUUGAAAUAAAUUUAAAAUUUUCAUAUAAAUUUGAAUAUUAAUAAGUUAAAAAGCAAUUAAGCUUUUGUUAAACUUUACAGUUUUGAUUUAAUUUUGUUCAUGGAAGUGUAAUGUGGUCAUGAAAAAAUGUUUGCUAAGUUUUUGUAUUGCAUUUAAUUUUGUUGAGUUGAGAUUAUUUAAGAAUCUCGUAUUUGUAAAUUCAUUUACACUGAAGACUUUUUUGUAUUAUAUACAGUGUUCAUUUAAAUGUGAAAAAUUGUGAACUAUUCAGCAUAA